CCCGGCCCGUCGCUCUGUCAGUGGCUGCGGCUGCCUGUUCGGGAGGCUGGCUGCGCGGUGGCUGCCGAGGCUGGCAGGGGGCACGUCAGCGCCGGGCAUAGCCCGCUUCUCGCAGCUGAGAAUUCCUCUGGACAGUUAAUGGUGUUUAUCAUUGUGCCCCGUUUCUACAAAUAAACUAUGGGUGGAUUAUUUUCUCGAUGGAGGACAAAACCUUCAACUGUGGAAGUUCUGGAAAAUAUAGAUAAGGAAAUUCAAGCAUUAGAAGAAUUCAGUGAAAAAAAUCAGAGAUUACAAAAAUUAUGGGUUGGAAGAUUAAUUCUCUAUUCCUCAGUUCUCUACCUGUUUACAUGCUUAAUUGUGUAUUUAUGGUAUCUUCCUGAUGAGUUUACAGCAAGACUUGCCAUGACACUACCAUUUUUUGCUUUUCCACUGAUAAUAUGGAGCAUAAGAACAGUGCUUAUUUUCUUCUUUUCCAAGAGAACGGAAAGAAAUAAUGAAGCAUUGGAUGACUUAAAAUCCCAGAAGAAAAAAAUACUUGAAGAAGUGAUGGAAAAAGAAACUUAUAAGACGGCUAAAUUAAUUCUUGAGAGAUUUGAUCCGGACUCAAAGAAAACAAAGGACUAUGAGCCGCCAUCUGCUGGAGCAGCUGUAACUGCAAGACCAGGACAAGAGAUUCGUCAGCGAACUGUAGCCCAAAGAAGCCUUUCCCCAGCACCAGCAACUGCUAAUCAGGGCCCUCCUCCACAAGUUCCCGUGUCUCCUGGACCACCAAAGGACACUUCUGCCCCUGGUGGGCCCCCAGAAAGAACUGUUAGUCCAGCUCUACCAUCAAAUGUGUUACCAAGACGUCUUGGAUCCCCUGCUACUUCAGUACCUGGAAUGGGUCUUCAUCCUCCAGGUCCACCUUUAGCAAGGCCCAUUCUCCCUCGAGAACGAGGUGCUCUGGAUAGAAUUGUUGAAUAUUUAGUUGGUGAUGGUCCACAGAACAGGUAUGCCCUUAUAUGUCAGCAGUGUUUUUCUCAUAAUGGAAUGGCUUUGAAGGAAGAAUUUGAAUACAUUGCCUUUCGAUGUGCCUACUGUUUUUUCUUGAAUCCUGCAAGAAAAACUCGACCCCAGGCUCCAAGACUUCCAGAGUUUAGUUUUGAGAAGAGGCAGACAAUAGAAAGCUCUAUUUCAAGUGGUCCAUUGCCAUCAGGAAAUGUGCAUCCAUCAGAAAGCCAAGUCAGUGAAGAAUCUUUAGAAGAACAAGAUGUUCUUGAUAAUGGUACAGAGGAAGUAGGUGAAGAAAUAUCAGCUACAGAGCAGACAGACCAAGUGAUUGAAAAAGCAUCUGGCCUGGAGCAGCCAGAGGAGAAACCAGAAGAGAUCGAGAGUGAGGAAACCUCAAUGAAUGAAGCCAAAUCAACAUUUCCCAGUGUUGAUUCUCUUUCUAGUCUUGAACUAAGUGGGGAAUCUUUGAUGACAAAGGAGUAAAAGUUUCCAUGUGCCUUCA